AUGGUUCUUCAAGUGUCGAAUCCGAAUAAUGUCAAAAUAUACACCGUCUCCGGCUCUGGAUCUCGCACGAUACCUAACUGGUUGGCGAAGAAAAAGAAAAAAGUUUUGAAAGACGACCCAGAAUGGAGUUCUAGGAUCGAGCUUAUACAAGAUUUCGAAUUUCCAGAGGCCUCAAUUCGAAUAAAGCCCACAAGAGAUGGACAAUUUGUCAUGGCCACAGGUGUAUAUAAACCACAAAUGCGGAUUUUUGAGUAUUCCGAAAUGUCAAUGAAGUUCGAACGUCAUACGGAUUCAGAAAAUGUCAAUUUCGUGAUGAUUGGACAAAGUCCGUAUUAUUACAAAAUGAUAGGACGAUUGAAUUUCACGCGCAAGUUCGGAAGAGAUUUGGCGUAUCACUAUCCCACAUGCGAUCUUCUUAUUUCUGGCUCAUCACACGAAAUAUAUCGGCUCAAUCUUAGCCAAGGCAGAUAUUUGAACUCGAUAUCGACCGAUUCAACGUCUGGAGUUAACGUCUGUGUCAUAAAUCCGGCCCAUCAACUUUUUGGGUUCGGUACAGAUGAAGGCACUGUGGAAUUUUGGGAUCCGAGAUCACGGUCGCGUGUCGGGAUUUUGGCUCCUAGCUUUGCAUCCGAAUUCGAUGAAACCAAAGGAUUUCAAGUGACCGCAAUGAGGUAUGGAAAUGAUGGACUUUCCUUAGCUGUAGGAACUUCCACUGGUCAUAUACUACUGUACGAUCUGAGGAGUUCAAGGCCGUGGCUGGUCAAAGAUCAUCAAUAUGGCUACCCUAUCAAGAGCGUAAAUUGGUACUAUGAUGUUACAGGGGAUAGAGGUCGAUGCAAAGUAAUCAGUGCUGAUUGUAAAAUAAUGAAAAUCUGGGAUAAAGAAAAUGGUUCCAACUUUACUUCGGUGGAGCCAAGUACCGAUAUCAAUGACCUGUGUGUGGUACCUGAUUCUGGAUUGAUUUUCGUGGCAAAUGAAGGGAUACAAAUUGGUGCAUACUAUAUACCCGCCUUGGGACCAGCCCCGAGAUGGUGUUCGUUUUUGGAUAAUUUAACGGAAGAGAUGGAAGAGAAUCCUCAACAAAAUAUUUAUGAAAAUUACAAGUUUGUCACCAGGAAAGAAUUGGCAAGCCUGGGGAUGGAGCAUCUGAUAGGAACCAAUGUCAUGAGACCAUAUAUGCACGGAUUUUUUAUUGAUCUGCGUUUAUAUGAUCAAGCCAAGUCAAUUGCAAAUCCAUUUGCUUACGUGGAUUACCGUGAAAAAAGAAUUAAAGAAAAAUUAGAAAAAGAGCGUGAGUCGCGUAUACGCGCCACCAAAAAAUUACCAAAAGUCAAUAAAGAAUUGGCAAAUAGAUUGUUACAAUCGUCGUCGAAAAAGAAAAAGGGUGAUGAGAAAGCUGCAAACGCCCUCGAGGAUCCCAGGUUUGCAGAAUUAUUUACCAAUGAGGAUUAUGAAGUUGAUAAAAAUACUACGGAAUAUAAGUUAUUACACCCUACGUUAUCAUCGAAAAAGGUCUCUAUGAAAGAAUCGGAUGAUGAAUCCGAAGGAAUGCAAAUUGAUGAGAAUGAUUCUGUAAUAAGAAGUGAUGUUUCUGUGUCAUCGCAAUCUGAAACUGAUAGUGAUGAAGACCUUGUGACCAAAGUGUACAGGCAAAAAGAAAUAAAGCCAAAUAAAAAGAUAGUGAACAAGGUUGGUCAGACAACGCGUGGGCAGCGCCAAGAAAUCAAGAAACCUAGAAAAAUCGAAAUGAAA